ACACACUGAGCAUCGAGUGAGGCCAAGCGACGCAUACCACUACUUCACUUACUCGAUCGGCCAAAGCAAGCAAGUGACCAUGGGCGGCGGGCACGACAUGCACGGCGGCCACAACGGCGGCGUGAAGGGCUUCGUGUCCAACCUCGUCGGCGGCGGCAAAAGCCACGGGUACGGCGGCCAGGGGCACGGCUGCGACCAGGGCUACGGCGGCCACGGGCAGCAGCAGCACGGGUACGGCGGCCACGGGCAGCACGGGUACCCUCCGCCCGCCGCCGGGGCUUGCCCCCCGUACGGCGGCUACCCGGCGCAAGGCUACGCGCCGGCGGCGUACCCCGCGCAGCCCGCGCCAUACUACGGUGGGCACAUGGGAUCGUACCACACUGGGCACGGCGGCGGGCACGGGCACGGCUACUCCGGCGGGAAGCACAUGGGCGGCGGGAAGCACGGCGGCAGGAAGUGGAAGUGAAGUGGCGGAUGGCCGCCGGUCGGUCGCCCGCGCGCUCACGUACGCACCUGCUGCGUGCCUUAGCUAAGUAUAACCACGGAUGCUCGGUACGUAUACGUACGUAAAUAAAGGGCGACGUACGCGCGACGCGCGUGUGCGUACGUCAGCUUAUAGCCUGAGCUGGUGGUUCUGUGUAGUGAUGCUGUGAGUGUGGUGUGUGUGACGACCCAGUACAAAAUAAAGCCUACAACAGCUCGUACUAUAUGUACCGAGCAAUAUUGUAUUGCACCGUGUCAUGUGUCGUGUAUAUGAUCCGAGUGUACUACAGUCUACUGCUCACGAACAAAGUAAACACUCCCUGCUAAA